AUGAAGAAAGCUGAAGUGGUGUUUACCCCUUUACCUGCUCUUGGCCAUAUUGUUGCCGCAGUGGAGACUGCUAAGCUCAUUGUUGAACGUGACAAUAGAGUUUUCAUGUCUGUCCUUGUCAUCAAGCCAACUCUUGACACAAGUACCAGCAAACACACUCAGUCACUCGCUUCAGCAACUCUUCCCAAUGGUAUACGAAUCAUUGAGUUACCCCCUCUUGAGCCUAAAUCAUUGGAUAAUGAUUGGCUUUCUUACUUGAUUGAAGGCCAAAAGCCCAAUAUCAAAGAAUAUGUUUACAAGAUCAAAAUUCAGUCCCAGUUGAGUCCCGACUCUCCUCGACUUGCUGGAUUUAUUUUUGAUGUGUUUUGCACAGGAUUGAAAGAUGUGGCCGAUGAAUUUGCUGUUCCCUGGUACCUUUUCUCUGCCUCAAGUGCUGCUUUUUUGGGUUGCAUGAUACAUUUACAUGCCCUUCAUUAUGAGCAAAAGGUGAAUCUCACUGAGUUCAAGAACUCAAAUGUUGAGUUGGAAAUUCCAAGCUUGGCAAAUCGGUUUCCUGCUAGGCUUCUGCCUUCCAUGGUGCUUGAUAGAGAGUGGCUCCCUCAUUUUCUUGCCCCUGUAAGAACGUGGAGUGAAGCUAGGGCUGUUGUAGUCAAUACAUUUGUAGAGUUGGAAUCUCAUGCAGCAAUAAACUCUCUCUCUAAAGAUAGAAAGAUUCCUUCUGUAUAUCCAGUGGGACCCAUUUUGAAAAGUAAAGGAAAUGGAAAUGAUAUGGAAUCUGUUGAAUGCAAAAAUUACAUGGACAUCAUGCAAUGGCUUGAUGAUCAGCCUCCAUCAUCAGUUGUGUUCUUAUGCUUCGGUAGUUGGGGAAGUUUUAGUGUGGAUCAAGUUAAAGAGAUUGCAUAUGCACUAGAGCGUUGCGGACAUCGAUUCUUAUGGUCCUUGCGCAAACCUUCAUCAAAGGUUCCGAAUGAAGCCCCAAGCGAUCACGUAAAUUUCGAAGAAAUUUUACCAGAAAGAUUUUUGGAUACAACGGUUGAAAUUGGAAAAGUAAUUGGAUGGGCUCCGCAAAUAGAUGUCUUAUCCCAUCAAGCUAUAGGAGGGUUUGUAUCACACUGUGGAUGGAAUUCUAUUCUAGAAAGUGUAAGGUUUGGAAUUCCAAUUGCUGCAUGGCCGAUUUACUCAGAGCAACAAUUUAAUGCUUUUGAAAUGGUGGCUGAGCAAGGAUUAGCAGUGGAAAUGAAAAUCGAUUACAAAAGGGAUUUUAUUGAGGAUAAUGAAAUAAUUGUUGAAGCUGAUGAUAUAAUAAAAGGAAUCAGGCGUUUGAUGAAACAUGAUAGCGAUAUAAGAACGAAAGUGAAAGAAAUGAGUGAAAUAAGUAAAAAAGCUUUGAUGGAUGGUGGAUCUUCAUACUGUUCAUUGAAUGGUCUGAUUGCAGAAAUGAUAGAUAAUGUAUCUUGA